AUGUCUUUCUCCAACACCUCCACUGGCGACAAGCCCGCCGACCCCUACAAGGCCACCAACAAGGACACCAAUGUCUCUGUCAAGGAUAAGGUCGAGGACCUCGUCAACUUCGCCAACAAGAGCAAGUUCGGCAUGAUGACGACCAGAGAUGCGAAGUCGGGCGCCCUCGUCUCCCGCUGCAUGGGUGUUGCAGCUACAGAAAACGGUGGCAUCGACCUGCUCUUCUUCACCAACACAGAGUCCCACAAGACGGAUGAGAUUGACAGCGAUCCCCAUGUCAACAUCGCCUUCUACAACAGCUCCGGCGACUGGGCCUCCAUCUCAGGCGUCUCCAGCGUCCUCACCGACCGAUCCAUCGUCAAGAAGCACUACAGCUCUUCGCUGAAGGCAUGGCUCGGUGACCUCGGCGAUGGCAAGCACGACGGAUCUGAGAACGACCCCCGUAUCGGCGUCAUCCGCGUCAAGACGGUCAGUGCCACGUAUGCCAUCAGCAACACCAACAUCGUUGGCAAGGUUGCCCAGGUCGCCGAGGGCAUCGUGACCGGUAGCCCUGCCCACGUCAACAAGCUUCGCGAGAUCUCGUCCUCCGAGAUCGAGCAGUACCGCUCGGCUUCCUCUUAA